AUGAAUGUCAACAGGAUGUACUCGAUGCAGAGCGACAAUAUGUAUUUACAGUCGAGGAGGAAGGUCACCCAGUAUUAUGUGCUGUCACUGCUUUCUGAUUUUAUGAAAACUGUGUUGCUUUUGUUUGAUACGUGGGCCUUUUGUUUUUCCAUCUCCACUGCGUUGCUCAUGAUGGUUUUUGGCUAUGUGGGUGUCAUAUCAGAAAAGCCCAUUGCUCUACAUGGAAAGCUGUACAUAGGGACCGUUUAUUUGGACAUUUUGCUCAAUUUUUUAAUUGCCUUAGUUUUUAUUUCCAACAUAUUUAAAAUGUCCACGUGGAACCUUUCCUACAUGGCUAAAUUUAUUGAAAAUCGUAAUUUUUUUUAUUCCAUUAUGAGCAUGAUUAUUGGCCUUAGCCUCCUUUCCAUUGUGUUUAAUAUAUAUGUCUUAUAUUACACGGAAAGGUUUAAAACGUUGGUAAGGGCCAUAGAAAACGAAAACAAAAAUGCAAAAGUAAAUGCUAGGGCACAUGUAAAAUCCAAUUUAAGUUUAUCUACCCAAGGGAGCAAAAGUGCAAUAGGAAAUGCGAACAUGAGGGUAAAUGUGCAAGGAAAUACGGGUGCAACCGGGAGAGCACACACGAGGGGCAAGGUCUAUAUGAACGGGAAUGAGUUCCCCCCAGGAAGUGUGCCCAUAGGAAGAAUUUCCCCAAAAGAAGGAAACGCGCUCGCACCAGGGAAUGUACAGUCGAGCGGAAAGGCACAAGUACAUGGGAGCACACGCAGAAACGGAAAGGAAAAAACAGUACUAAAAGGGGAAAAAAUAAGCAUUACUGUUGAUGAGAACACUGGACUAGGUGGGAAACCUUUGGAGGACUCAUACACAUUGGAAAAUCCGUCCUAUAAUGCUGCCAAGAUGGUAUUUCCCCUGGUUGGAGGGAUCAAAAUAAACGACAUGCUAGAGGACAACGCAAAGAAAAAACUGAACAUGGAAAAAAAUUUUACACUUGGAUUAGACAAGGAGCAGCAAAGUCCUGAGUCGAGGAAGAAUAAAUUUUUGAAUGGUAUUGCCCCAAUGAAGGUAGAAAUUAUGAAAGAAGAAGUAAAAGGGGAGCUACCAUCUGUGCGCAAGGCAUAA